AUGGCCCGCCAACUUGCAGACGUGUUCCGCUGGAAGAAGCGGUUGGGGAGUGCGCCGCCGCGGGACGCGGGCGCCGUGACACCCGCCAACGCCCCCGAGGAAAAAGCCUUUGACCCCGACAAGAAACAGCCACUCAACUUUGACGAGCUCGACCAUGUGCCAGCAUCUCCGUUCACCCCUGGGGGCAAAAAGGUGAAGCUCAAGAGAGUGGCCAGCCACCGCAAGCUGAACGCCGUCUUUUUCAUCGUCAAGUUCCACAUCCUAGCCCUCACCGUGACCUUUGUGCUCGUCGGUCUCUAUGCCACGGGCUUUGUCUGGGGACCUCCCGGGCCGAGCCAGGACAUGCUCUCGGCGCUCCAGUUCGCCGCCAAGGUCCACGAGGGGCUGAUCAUCCUGUCCGUGUCCAACAUCCUCCUGCACCGGGUCCGAUACCUGCUCAUAUCCCAAGGGGGGGUGCCGUUGGGCCUGAUCACGUCGCCGUGGCAGAUAAGUUCGCCGCUGUAUUUAGUCUCGUCCGAGUUCUGGGGCUCGGCAAUGCGGGAUCUCACGGGCCUGACUCACCUGAGCACUCUGGUUCUUAUUCUUGUCUGUCUGUUCAUCUCGUUGGCGAUCGGACCUUUCUCCGCCAUCGUCAUCUUGCCCCAACCAGGCAUUUAUCUCAUGCAGUCCUCGUUCCCCGGCAUGAAGGACUACUUUACCGCCCGAUCACAGCAUUACCAGACAAAAGGGGUCGAUGGCGUCCCGGGAAGCUUCCGGCCGUACAACUUUGCCGUCAACUCGUCCACCGGGCUGUAUCCCACGUCGGUCGGCCCCGAUUUGGGCAUGGUAUGGGGUUUCACGGAUUUUGACGGGUACGCGAGCUGGUUCAACACGAGUUUUGACGACAUCAUACUCCAGAGCCUGACCAAGGCAUCCACGGGGAGUUUUGGCAUAAGCUUGUACGAUUCGAACAUCAGCACAGAUCGGCCUUGCAGUCCGAUGAACAUUACCACCUCGACGGUUUGGUCGUGCCAGACGGGCAACAAGGACCCAAUCACAGUGGUGCAUAAGGUAGCUGCUGUCAGCAACUCGACUGGCAGCACUAACUCGACUGAUACGGCCGCUUCGGCCGACAGUGAUGACUCGGGAGACGACAGCAAUGGCUCGGCAGACUACAGCAUAGACAUGCCGUACGGCAGCUCCGCCGCGAAGGAUCCCGACGAAGACGAAAACGAGUACGAGCAUCGUAAGGCAGCGAGCGCAGCAGCCACAGACAGCUCAGAAACCGCAGACGACUCAGAAACUACCGAUGACUCGGGAGACGGCUCUUCAGACGACGACGACAUCUCAAUGGACUCCUCAGACUUCACCGACACGACCGUCAGCAUCUCCACGAGCGGGACGGUGUUGCCGUUUCAGGUCAUUGCGCGCGACCUCAGCGACCGGUUCCAGUGGCACGUCGACACGGACCGCUUCAUCGACUUCAUCUACACCACCGCGACCUUCUCGGACCCCUCUGGCCGGCCCGUCGCCGUCAAGCAGCCGCUGGCGGCAGUGCAGUGCCGCGAGGGCCACUACGCGCGCAGCUCGUUCGGCCCCGGCAGCAUUGUCAAUUUCGUCAGCGGCAUCUACCCGCCCUUCAACAUCACCGUCGACGAGGCCAUGGCCGCGAUGGUGUGGGGGACGAACGCCUCUGCUCCGGCAGCCAACGCGACGUUCCUCAAGUACUUCGACAUGCAGCCGUACGUGUCCAAGCACGCGGUAUCCACGGGCAUCGUGACGGUCGCGCCCUACUACGACGACGAUUCGGGAGCCGUGAUGGCCGGCUGGCGGGCGGUGCAGCUGUGCUACUCGGCGGCGCGGUGGGUGGAGAGCGAGAUAUGGGUGACGCCCGACUCUGACGCGAGCAGCUACAUGCAGCUGAAGAGCCCGAUCGAAACGCUCAUCAACGAGACGGAGCGGGUGAGCGCGAGCGAGAUAAUCCGGUUCGACAGCGCGUGGAUGCAGAACUUCAGCAACCCGCAAUUCGACGGCUCUCGGAUGCAGAACGUUCUGGAUAGCAACCUGUCCAACUAUGACUUCCUCGCGGGCGCCUGCUCCACAGACAGCGGCUGUCUUUCAAUCGCCAUUUCGGCCAUGAUGAUGGAGGUGCUCACGCUUGUGCAGUGCGCGUUCACGCCGUGCUGGUCUUAUAGCGAUGAUAUUGUACCAUUUGCUCCGUUCAACUACACGCGUCAACGCCCUUUCGCGGAAGCCGAGGCAACAGGCGGUUAUGUUAACAUAACUAUCGACCAUUACAUCGCGGCUUCCGGGUACAGCUUGCAGAACGGGACUCUUGUCAUACUUGGUCUCGCACUGCUGCUCUUCCACGCUCUCAUUGCCAUCGGGCACAUUCUGUUCAUCGCCUUCGGCGGCUUCUGGUCGAGCGAUGCCUGGGGCCAGCUUGGCGAGCUGCUGGUGUUGGCCCUGAAUUCCUCUGCCCCACGGUUGUUAAGAACCAACAGCGCUGGAGUCCGCCAUCACGCGACCUGGCAGUUAACUGCCUCGGUCAGAGAGAAGGUCGAGGGUGGCGUUGAACUGACAAUCAACUCAAGGCGGAAUCGAAAAGUGGACGAAGACUCGGAUAUGGAAGAGGGAGCAAGUUCAAGGGACUCGUUUCGGCCCAAGGCAGAUAAGAAGUACGGCUAA